CACCCAAGGCCUUGUGAGUGUUAGAGUCUUCGCUGGAGGAGAACAGACUGACGUAACAUUGUUCCAAUAGUGUGUGUAGUCAGGACCAGCAGUAGAGGCAACUGCAUGAAGACAGAAACUGCUUUGCAUUUAUUAUAUUCAUUUUUACUAUGAGCCAAAGUAAGGACCUUGCCCAGAGAUGACAUAUGCAUGAACUAACUAAGAAUGUUCCGUGUUCUUCUUGCUUGUACUUCUGCCUGGGUCUAUUAGUGGGAUUCUUCAUGACUUUGAAUAUGUACAAUAGUGUCCAGGAGCUUACUAUAUCAUUUAACCCUCCUGAUCCCUCGCAAUGGGAUAACAACCAUUUCAUUCACCUAUCAGAUAAUAGCAAUGUGAGUGAGUUGCUUGCUAGGAAGGUCAGAGUCCUUUGCUGGAUAAUGACUUCACCAAAAAACCUGAAAAAAAAAGCAAUUCAUCUAAAGCGAUCUUGGGCCCGUCACUGCAACAUAACGCUCUUUAUGAGCUCCACAGCCAAUGAGAUUUUUCCAACAAUUGGAUUGGGUACCAAGGAAGGGAGAGAGGAGCUCUACUGGAAGACAAUACGAGCUUUCCAGUACAUACACCAGAACUAUCUGGAUCAAGCAGACUGGUUCUUGAAGGCUGAUGAUGACACCUAUGUAGUGAUGGAAAACUUACAGUUUUUGCUCUCCAACUACACCCCUGAGCAACCUAUCUAUUUGGGCAAACGCUUUAAACCUUUUGUUACCCAGGGUUACAUGAGUGGAGGAGCUGGGUAUGUACUGAGUAAGGAAUCCCUGAAGAGAUUUGUGGAAGCUUUCCGUACUGGUGUCUGCACCCACACGUCCUCUAUAGAAGAUCUUGCUCUGGGUCAGUGCAUGGAGAAGCUAGGAGUUAUACCUGGGGACUCUAGGGACUCUGAAAAGCGCGAGACCUUCCAUCCCUUUACACCAGAGACCCAUAUAACUUCCGAUUACAUUAAUGACUUUGAUGAUUACUGGACCUACUGCUAUUAUCCUAUCAUACAGGGCCCACAAUGCUGUUCGGAUCUGGCAAUAUCCUUUCAUUAUGUAAGCCCUGAACUGAUGUACAUGCUGGAAUAUUUUGUCUACUAUCUGAGGGCGUAUGGAUACCAGUAUCGUUACCAGCCUUCACUGCAGUUUUCUGAAAACCUGACGGUGCUCACCAAAUGAUCUACCUGGAGAACAAACUCUCAGUUCCAGGACACAGUUCACAGAGACAAAUAGGAAUCAUGGAAUGCAUAAAGUGAGGGCAAUCUUGUCCUUUUAUUACUGUAAAUAAAUACACUUUGGGAAGCCAAACAGUGACACAGUUCUCACAAUGGGAAAGUUUCAGCAUAAUGUACUAUAAAGAACGUUUUUCAAGAAUGAGUGCCAGUGCUCCUAAAAUGGCUGCUGGAGCAAUUCCUGUUUGGGGAAAAAAAGAGGAUUCAUGGAAACAAACAUACCUUUUAAACUCGAGUUUUAACAGUACUUUCAACUCGAAAAAUUCGGGAUUUUCAAAUGUAAGCUCAAAACUUUCGUACGAAUUUUUUCAAGCAUUAUUGUGGCAUUUUAUAAAUACAGCAAUGAUUGAGUUUAAUUUGAAUUUAUACCAUGUAGAUCACACGCAUUCACACAGCACUUCCGCAUCUCUGGUCGAUCACGGAUGAGAAAGGUCUGGCCACCCCUGAUGUAGAGUUUAUACACCUUUCAGGGCCAGAAAAAAAAAAGUUUUAGUAAAUGUGUCCCUUAAUGUUCAAAUGAUUUUUAAGUAGACAUGGUACAAAGAUCUAAAUUAUGGAAAGACCCCUUAUCCGGAAAAUCCCAUGUCCUGAGCAUUCUGAAUAACAGGUCCCACACCUACAAAAAA